AAAGGCUAUAUUAGUGCUAAGGGAGAGAAAGCGGGUGGGAGAGAAACCCAGUGGGUUGCACCUACCCUUGGCCCCAAGAGACCCCACCAAGCGCAGCCAGAGAGGCCGUCGGCUGCAGGAUGAGUUGUGGCAAACCCUGCGCAACACCCCACACGGAGUGCCGCCGCUGAGAUGGAGGCCCCGCUCCCUGGUCUCUCCCUGCUUCUGGUCCUCCUGGCAGUGGGAUGGGGAAGCGGGGCAGUCACAGCCUGGACAACGUCUCCCGGUGGCUGCGAGCUCGUGCAGAGCACUGCGGACUGCACUGGGAGAUGGCUGAGCUCUGUCCCAGGAAAUCUUCGAGGUGAUACUGAGGAGCUGUUGCUUGAUGACAACACUAUCCAGGUCCUGGGCAAUGCCUCUCUGCUCUCAUACCACCAGCUGCGGCGUCUCAGCUUGACCAAGAAUCGGCUGGAGCUCAUCAAGCCCGGUGUCUUCCUCAGCAGCCAAGGCCUCCAUGCACUCUCCUUGGCAGACAACCUCCUCUUCACCAACUAUUCGCUGACAGCAGCUGCUCUUUCUGCUCUGCCAGCCUUGAGGACGCUGGAUCUAGCUGGAAACCGCCUCACUGAGGACAUGGUAUCGGUUUUGGUCUGGAAUCUCUCUUCCUUGGAGUCCUUGUCCGUGGCCAGGAACAUCAUCAUGAGGCUGGACUCAUCUGUCUUCACGAACCUGACACAGCUGUUGGAGCUGAACCUGGAGAAGAACUACAUCUUUGAGAUUGACCAAGCUUUUGAAGGGCUGCAGAGGCUGCAGAGGCUCAACAUAGCUUACAACUACCUCCCAUGCGUAGUGGAGUUCAGCCUGACCCAGCUCAGGGUGCUCAACGUCAGUAACAAUAUCAUUGAGUGGUUUCUGGCCCUGGAAAGUGAUGACCUCUUUGAGCUGGAAGUGCUGGACCUGUCCCACAAUCGUCUCCUCUUCUUCCCCGUGUUGCCCCGGCAGAGCAAGCUGCACUCCUUGUUGCUGAAGGACAAUGAGAUGAGCUUCUACCAGCGCCUCCCCAAUGGCACAUCCCUGGCGGAUGUCACAGUGCAGUUCCUGCUCAUUGAUGGCAACUCCACCAACAUCACGACAGUCAGCCUCUGGGAUGAGAUCUGCCACAGCAACCUCUCCUCCCUGCACCUCCUGGACAUGAGCCAGAACCAGGUCUGGUACCUGCCGGAGGGCUUCCUGGCCCAGAUGCCCUCCCUCACCCACCUGAAGCUCAACCAGAACUGCCUGGAGACAUUUCAGCUGUCGGAGGGGGACCCUUUAGCCAUGCUGACAGAGCUGGACCUCAGCCAGAACCAGCUGGUGGAGCUGGGGGUGGAGGUGGGGGCUGGGGACAUCCUGCCCAACCUCCAGCUCUUCAACCUCAGCACCAACAGGCUCCGGGUGCUUCCUCCUGGGGUUUUCGCCUACACCAGGAAGAUCACUACCGUGGACCUCAGCCACAAUCGGGUCGACCUCUGUCCCCAGCCAGCUGUUGCAGGUGAGGUGGAAACUCCCCCCUGCGUGGACAUCAGGGGUGUCAAGACCUUGACUCAUCUCUCCUUGGCCGGCUGUGGUCUGCGGGGACUGGGUGGCCACCCCUUCCAGGGGACGUCACUGAUGCAUUUGGACCUCUCUGACAACCAUCAGGCACUGUCCGGGGACCUGGGGUGGCUGCAGGACCUUGCUCUGACGCUGCAGGUGUUGUCUUUGAGGAACACCAGCCUCUCCUCCACUGCCGUGGACUUCUCUGCCUUUAACAGCCUUGUGCGCUUGGACCUUUCGGGGAAUUCCUUGAGCGUCUUUCCCUCCUCGCUGGGCAUCCUGAAACUGCUCAGCCUGGACCUGCGGGACAACUGCCUCCCAGCUCUGCCGCCGAAUGUCGCGCGGAUGCCGCUGGGGAAGAGCCUGCAGGAGGUCUACCUCAGCCAAAACCCCUACAACUGCUGCACAUUGGGCUGGUGGGACUCCCUGCAGCGGGUUGAGGGGUUGCACGUCCCUGACGGGCAGGAGAUGACCUGCAGCUAUGCCUCCCGCACGAUGAGCCCCAGGGCGCUGCCAGAGCCCGUCCUGUGGAGCUGCCGCUGGCAAACAGCCAACCUGGCGCUCCUCUACCUCGUGCUGGCUCUGCCCACCUGCUUGACGCUCCUGGUGGCCUUCGCUGUUGUCUUCCUCACGCUCAAGCAAAAGCUGCUGAAAAUGUUGAAAAGCCGGUGUGGGGUGUCUAGCCCUUACUGAUGGCUGAGGAGGAGGAGGGAGGAAGGGCUCAGGAACAGUGAACGUGAGUGGGUUGUCAGGAUUACAGGCAAUAAACCCUCCGAGGUGGGUGAGAUGGAAGCUUGAUGGAUGUAGGACCAGGGGGUGCUGGGAGAGCUGCUGUUUCUGCUGUUUCUGCUACAGAUGCCCUAAGGGUACCUGAAGGGUGUGGGGCCAUGUCCCGUGAUGGAGCCUGGGGCCGUGCUGGGCAUCCUCAAGGGACACAUUUUCAGCAGAAACCUUCAGUUGAUGUUGGCGAGAGCUGAGUGGACACAACACCAAAUGCCUCUUGGCUGAAGGGGUACGGACAGUUUCCCCCAGCAUUGUUUCCCCUCCCCCCUUCAGGCAGUUCCUUUUAUUUAUUCACGCCCUGUAGCCAACUCUCCACUGCAAAACAUCCUCCAGCUCUGCAACCAGCCUCCACAAACCACCCCAGGCUGGAGCAAGCAUCACCUGGGCCCUGCGGAGAAGGGUCUCUGUGGUCACAGCUUCCCACGCUACUCUUGCCGGCACCAGCAAACUCGCAGGCAGCCCUGGGCGUGCACCCGUGUGUGUGUGCUGAUAAGACAGGCGUUGUCCGCAGGGCUGAAAGACACGUUUUGGGGUGUUGUUGCUUGGUUAAGUUGCGAUCCUGGUUAGAAAAGCCCAUUAAAAAUAGCCCAAGCUGCAAUGCUGUAAAAUAUUGAUUGAAAGACAGGAGAAUAAAUUAUAUCACGGGUAAUAUUUUACAUCGAUUUCUUUUUCUCCAGCAACUGCUAGAUUAAACACAUGCAAAGGAGAUAAA